AUGGACCUCCCGACGGAGGCGGCCCGGCUGGACGGGGACUGGCAGGAGGUAUACUCGGCUCUGCAGUGGAUCCAGUUCACCAUGGCCAUGCUCAGCGUCGUAGGUUCCAGCUCAAUUAUUGCUUAUGCUGUCUUCCAAAACACCGUGCGGUCCCCCGAGGUUCGUCCACUUUUCUACCUGAGUCUCUCUGACCUAUUUGUGGGCGUGUGCUGGCUUGCUGGGGCUCUUCUUUAUAGCACGCCAACCUCCAAGCAGGACCUCAUUUGCUACAACCUGCAGGCAACAGGACAAAUAUUCUACAUGGCCUCUUUUCUCUACACUGUCAACUACACCUGGCAUCUCUACAUGGAUCUAAAGAUGAAAUAUAACCAGAACCUUUUCAGGAUGCCCUCCCAGGUUGUAGACUACGUGAGCUGCAUUGGCCGAGUAGCCACCAUCUCAUCCAGCCUGAUCCCUUUCCUUCUCAUGGUGCCUGUGUUCUGCCUGGGCAACAUCAGUAAUUGCUACCAGAACUUCAGCCAGAAGCAUGGAUGUCUCCUGAUGCACAUGGAAAUAGCUGAGCCCACCAACAAGCCACUGACCCUGAGUGGCUCCAUUUGCCAUGCAAUGCAUUUCUAUGGUGUUGGAGUCUUCCUCAUUUCCUUUCUGAUCAGCUUCAUAGCCAUUCUGGUUGUACUCAGUCAAGCCCGAGGUUUGUACAAAAGGUUUGUGACCACCACAGGAUUCCUGGGGGAUCAGCAGUGGGCUGUGAUUAAGAUGGUAGAGCAACGAGUGGUUUUUUACCCUGUGGCGUUCUGCUGCUGCUGGGCCCCAGCUGUCCUCCUUGGAAUACUGAAGCUGACCAGUUCAACAAACAGCAAGAUCUACAUGGCUCUUCUGAUUCUGCAGGCUCUCACGGCAGCUUCCCAGGGGCUCCUGAACUGCAUCGUGUACGGCUGGACACAACAUGUCUUCAUCUCCCUCAAACGCAAGGCCUGCCGGGACGUGGACACUCAGACUCCGCUCCUGCGCUCCCAGAAGAAGUUCUACGCCAGCACGCUCCCCGCCAGCCCCGCCGACGCUGAGGGCUCCACCUCCACCCUGCUCUGA